GAAAACUUUUGUUUAUAUAAAAAUAAAAUUUUUGUUUAUUUGGCCUUGUUAAAUCAAAUUUUUACAUGGAAAUAAAACAAGAAACUAGUGAGAAAACUUUUAAAAUAGAAAUAGAUAAUGAAACAAGUGUUCAUCCUUUGAAUGCCUUCAAAAUAGAAAUUAAGGAAGAACCUAAAAGAGAAGGUUCAUACCAGGAAUUUAAUUAUUUAGAUUUUAAAGAGUUUCCUGUAAAGACUAAAGCAGAACAAGAACAAGAUGAAUAUAAAUUGACUCUACUUGAAGAAAAGCAAACAACAAAUGAAGAAAAAAGGAAACCCAUUAAGGAGCUAAAAGAACUACCAAUAGGGAAACCAUUUCCCAUGCACUCAGCAAAAGUGGUCAACGGGCAAUUUGGAGAAACAGUUCUCCUUGAUUUGGGGCUGGAAGUAGUUUUUCUGCCUCCACGGGUGACCGAAGUAUACCAACCUGCCAUAAACACGCUGUGCGGAGAAAAAUACUGCCUAAUAUUUGAAGGGGAAGUGGAUGUGAGAAAGGCAAGACCCCUAUUAUCAUUUAGGAUAACGGAAAAUUAACUGUCAGAAAAAAGGAUAUGGGUGAGCAAUUUUUAAUUUUUUUCUCAUUUGUUUGUCGUAAAGUAUUCUUUUAUAAAAUAAAAUGUCUCUGAAUAAUAUUGAUAAUAUCAUUAAACAAACGGACGGUGUUGUACUAGCAAUUAGAAAGUUACGAAAAAUUUUAUUUGAUAAUUUUACAAUCAGUGAUGUGGAAGUGUGGUUAAAUAGAUUACAAAAACAAAUUAGAUUAUGUAAAAGGGUAAUCCGUAGUAGAAAACAGAAUAAAUUAUCUGUAGGGACUUAUAGAAAAAUAGAAACAAAUUUGGGUCAUUUUAAACAUUUUAGAAAGCUAAUUUUAAAUAGACAUAUUGGGGCAGGUCUUCACCUAAAGUUGGGGCAGAGGGUUAAAUGGGAAAAUGUACAAUCAAGCUUUCAAAGUAGAAUCAAAACCGGAAUUAUAGCUAAUUUACGACAUAAGGAUUUGAAUCAGUUUUUAGGAGAUUGCGUAGUUGUUUUUAAAAAUAAAAUCGGUAAAAUUUUAAAAACUCACUCUGCGCUUAAAGUAAAUACAGCAUUUUGUGGGGAGUUUAUUAGAAAAUCAGGAGAUAAUGAGAUUGUGGAGAUUAAAUAUUUUAAUACUAAAAAUUAUGUUAUUGAUAUAUCAACUCAAAUAUACGAAUGGUUCCAGGGAAAUGUAGUAGAUAAACUUUUAGACGAAUUAUCGAAAUUUGCCGAAAAAGAUUCGGGAUUUGCAUUAAAUAAAAUUAUUUCUUUGGCUGUUACUAUCAAUAAAUUUCAACUUGGGAACGGUUCAUCUUACAUUAGACUCACAGAACCAAUUUAAAAAAUAGCUUGUAUUAAUGUAAAAAAUACGGAUCAGAACUGCUUUUACUGGGGUAUCGUAAGUAUUUUACGGAAGUUUUACAAACAGAGAAUUUAGCUAGUCCUAUGCCAUUAUCACAAAUUUCAAAAUUUGAAAAAUUAAAUAACAUUUCAGUCAAUGUUUACGCUCUAGAAUUAAUUGAAACAGAGAAAACAUCGUUUUACACAGUAGUACCAGCCAGAUUGACGGAAAAUAAACGGGACACACACGUUAAUUUACUUUUAAUUCAAAAUCAUUAUUAUCCGCGCUUAAAUGAUUAUGAUGCUCCACCAACUGAAGAAAAUGAUUGUAACGAAGAGAUUAAAUACCACUAUUGUUAAAUUAAAAAUUUGUCGUAUCUUGUUAGUAGGCAAUUAAAUAAGAACAAUUACAAAAAAUUUAUUUGCGAUAGAUGUAUGAAUUAUUUUCAUCAGCAACAUAAAUUUGUUGAGCAUGAAAAAGUGUGUUCUAAAUUUAAUAAACAUAAGAUUAAUAUUCCAAAAGAGAGCCACGUCGAAUUUAAAAACUUUACAUACCAGCAAACUACUCAUUUUGUCGUUUAUGCAGAUUUUGAGUGUCAAUUAGAAAAUUAUAACCAAAGCAACGUAAAUUUAACUAGAACUUUAAAAUAUUAAAAACAUUUUCCGUACAGCGCAGGCUACUAUGUAAAAUGUUGUUAUGAUGAUAGUCUUUCUUAUUUUGAUAGUUAUCGAGGUGCAGAUUGUAUGGAUUGGUUUGCAGGUCGUAUGGUGGACGUUUCUAAUUGUGUUGCUUCGAAACUAAAAACAGUAGUGCCUAUUAUUGAAAAACCAAAUGCAAGUACAGCAACAUCUUGUCACAUUUGCAGUAAAAGUUUUUCAUCCAAAGACAUUAUUGUUAAAGACCACGACCAUUUCAAUGGGGCAUUUAGGGGCUUCGCACACCAAGCAUGCAAUCUUAACUUUAGAAAAUUGUUUGUAGUGCCCAUCGUUUUUCACAACUUGUCAGCAUAUGACAGUCAUUUUAUGAUUUCAAAUUUAUGCAAAAAAGGUUACUUGAUGUACUUCCCAUUAACAAAGGUAAAUACAUCUCCUUUACGCUGCAUUCAGAUACAAAUAUCAUUACAUUACGAUUUAUAGACUCUUUUCGAUUUAUGGGGGCUUCUCUUGAUGAAUUAGAUUCAAUUUUAGUCGAUUCAGAAAAGAAAAUUUUAAGGAGGGAAUUUUAAGGCUUAGAGAAUGAGAAAUUUAAUUUGUUAACGCGUAAAGGAGUUUUUUGCUAUGAUUACAUAGAUAGUUUGUCAAAAUUAGAUGAAACUUCUUUACCUCCAAUUGAACAUUUUUAUAAUAAUAAAUUAAAUGAUGGGAAUAUAAGUGAUGAGAAGUACCCUCAUUCGCAGUCUGUUUGGCAUCAGUUUAACAUUCAAUAUAUAGGGGAAUAUUAAAAUAUUAAAAACAGAUAUUCUGCUUCUUGCGGACGUUUUCGAACAAUUACGCAAAAAAUGUUUUUCUACCUAUGGUCUGGAUCCUGCGUGGUACUAUACAAUGCCUGGAUAUACGUGGGACUGUAUGCUUAAGUAUACGGGAUGUAGGCUAGAACACUAAAGGAUCCAGACAUGGUGCUGUUUUACGAGAACGCCAUAAGAGGUGGAAUAUCCGUAUGUAGCAACCGAUUUUCUGAAGCUAACAAUAAAUGUCUGAUUACGAUCCUAAAAAGCCGUCCAAAUACCUUAUGCACCUGGAUGUAAACAAUUUGUAUGGUUUUGCAAUGGAGCAGCUCUUACCCUACGGAAGAUUCAAAUGGGUGGAUGAUGUAUCAUCGUUUGGUGUGACAUCAAUACCCGACAACUCUGACGUAGGGUAUAUCCUACAAGUUGAUGUAUCAUACCCACAAGAAUUGCAUGAUAAACAUAAAGAUUUUCCGUUUGCAGCCGAACGCAGCGUACCACCCAGCGGCGGAGUAAAAUUACCGAAAGUAAUGGCAACACUUAACGAUAAAAAAGAAUAUACUGUUCACUAUAAAAAUUUAAAACAAAUGCUAGCUAAUGGAUUAAAGUUAACGAAAAUUCAUAAAAUUUUACAAUUUAAACAGGAAGCCUGGUUGAAGCCCUACAUCGAGCUAAAUACUCGAAAUAGCAGCUGAGACAGAUUUCGAUAAAAAUUUGUAUAAAUUAAUAAACAAUGCUGUGUUCGGUAAAACUAUGGAAAAUUUAAAAAACACCGUAUUUGCAAAGCCGUGAAAUCUUGGGGUGGUCGCUAUGGCGCAGCAUAUUUAAUUUCGAGUUUUAGAUUCCAUAGUUGCACAAUUUUAGAGAAAAAUCUGGUGGUUACCGAAUUAAAAAAGCUUGAAAUAACGUUUAAUAAACCUCUAUAUGUAGGGCAGACAAUUCUAGACCUCUCUAAGAUAGUCAUGUAUGAUUUUCAUUACACCUAUAUGUUACCAAAAAUGGGAGCAGAUAGGUGUAAGCUUAUGUACAUGGACACCGAUAGUUUAGUCUACGAGUUACAGUGUGAGGAUGUAUAUGAGGAGGUAAUUAAAGCUGACUCUAGUAAAUUUGAUACUUCAGAUUAUUCUAAAAAUAACAUAAUACAUAAAAUACCGCAAAAAAUCAAAAAGGUGCCGGGUCUAAUGAAAGAUGAAAACGGUAAAAUUAUGACACAUUUUGUUGGGCUUCGAAGUAAAAUGUAUAGUUACAAGGUGCAGGGUGGGAAGAUCGUUAAAAAUCUAAAGGAGUUAAAUAUAAUGUUAAAAAUAAAAUUAAAUUUGAGGAUUAUGUUGAAUGUUUGAAAAAUUUUAAAGAAAAAACAGCUACACAACGCUGUAUUAGAUCGUAUGCGCAUAACGUCUAUUCUAUCGAACAAAGAAAAAUUGGUUUAAGUCCGCAUAAUGAUAAUCGCCAUUUAAUUCGAAACAGUUUUGAUACACUUCCGUGGGGUCAUUACAUUAUUUUAGAAUAGGGUUGUUUUGUUAUAGAUGAACACUCCAACGUUACAGUAUUUCUCAUGAUUAUCUUUCAGUGCGUCACAGUUUUUCGAUUUCUUUCUAACGCAUUAAAUUGUAUGUGACAGAAAAAAAGGCACGUCGGUGAUUACAUUUCGUCGGUGACAUUUUUAUAACAUUUAUUCUAGUUAUUCUAGUUGUCGAUAGAUGGCGCCAUAAUAAAAAAUAUAUAUUUUUUAAUUAGAUAAUAAUAUUACAAAUAUAAUCUGUACAAUUUAUAAGACUAUACAAAUCAAAGAAAAUACCAUUUUAUAAAUGCAAGAAACACAUUUGAUUUGUUUUUAUUCCAAAUUGAAAAUAAAAUGUGACAACUGUCAGAUUUAACUAAAAUGUCAUGUUAGAAUAAUUGUCAUAAAUGUGUAUUAUCACGGACUUACCCUUUUUCCUAUCAUUUGUUACGCACUGAAAAAUGAUCAUGAAAAGGACAAUAACAACAUUAGCUGUUAGAAAACUUUGCGAUAUAAUAAUAUCGGCAGCAGAUUGUCAAAAAAUUUCCUUCAUUUAAAUGGCGUGCUAUUUUAAAACAAGCUGAAAAAGAUCUUGAACCUUCGUAUAAAGGAAUUCAAUUUAUUACAUGUUCCAAAGAAAUAGACCAGCAUUUAAUUAACACUAUAUUAGGGAGAUUGCGCUGUCCCGGCCAGACAGCAAUCUUACACUUUUGGCCAAAAAACGCAUAAGCGCCCAAUACUCCACAAGGAGGGAUGGAACGAGAGAGAGAUAUUAGGGAGAUCAGAUUGGGAUUAUGUUUUCGAAGACUAUUCUAGUUAUUGCCUAUGGUCAAGUGGAUAUUGGCUUCAACAAUAUCGUCUUAACGUAUGUAAAAUAUGUUUUUCUAAAUUUAAACAUACACAUAAAACUUUAAACAAAUAUAUAUUUGUUAGCUAUGAUCAUUCUCACGAGACGUACGAUGCUCAUGAUAUAAUUGAGGAUGUAUACCAAGAAAAAAAGUAUUGCUGUCACAGCUGCUUUAAAAGAGUACUAUUUGAAUUAAAAGACGAUGUAGGUAUUGACUCUUUUAAAAAUAAUUAACUUUUUUUCGACAAACAAAUUAAAAAAAAAUAUAUAAAAAAUUGUUCAUUCCUAUCAUAGUUA